UCCUGUCAGAUUGUAUUUGGAUUUACACAAUACACUGCAGUCUCUGAAGUUGAUUCGGCAAUUGCGAGUGUGACGCUGAUUGGUGGUGGAUGCGCCGCAAAUGCUGCCCUCACCCAGUGCCAGUCUUCACUGUUUACUGGUGCUGCUAGUGGACGAGCACGCCUAUUGAUUGUACUCAUAGCGGGGAAGUCUUCUGACGAUCCUGCAGGCGGGGGAUCAGCUCUUAAGGGAGUCGGCGUUAAGACGAUUGUUGUUGGAAUAGGAAGUUCCGUUGAUCAGGUGCAACUUUCAUCUAUGGCCUACUCGUCGUCUUACACUUUAUCCUGUGCUUCGUUUAGUGCCUUAGCUGGUAUGAGUGGACAGUUAACAUCACUGAUAUCGCAAGGUACUUGACUGCAUGAAUAUUUUCCUUUUUCAUGAUGAAGGCUUAUAGCUGGUAUCGAUUUUUCAUUGUCUUCUGUUUCUAAAAUGAAAUUAUUGCGUUUUAGGCCGACAGGUUUCCGACGUGUCAAAAUAGGUGGCCCAUUUUGGGAUAGGUCGCAUAUUCAUAAUAAUAAUAAGUAAGUUUAAGGAUUCAAUUCAAUUCUGAUUGGCUAAAAGCACACGCAUUAUUCACCAUAACCAGUUACUGAUGACCAAAUUUGAAAAAAAUUUGAGUUUAACGAGGAAAUGACGUCAAAAAUACAGCCUUCUACAGGUUAAUGCACCGUUAACCGAGAAGUCCUGGGGACGAGGUUGAGUUGUUUUCGUUGUGAAAACUAAAUUGGCGGACACUUCACUCGUUUCAAGAGUAAGAACUACAGCUGGAACUAGACGAAAUAAUGGCCAAAAACAUAGCAAAAACAGCAAGAAGACAACUCGGAGGGCGACAUCUGCUAUUUGCCGAAUAUUUGCGGAGCUGGACAAACCCAAACAUGCACUAUCGAAGAUAAACUUAACAUUGAUGCAGGUAAGCAUGUUUUAGCUAUGUUUUUUAACCUAGGAAUUAUUUUGAAUGAAUAAUAAAGCGAUUAAUGAAUUCGGCUUUCGUAGGGUAUGAAGAAUUAAGCACAUCUCGGAGGGGACGGCCUUAAUUCUUCACAUCCUACUCAACCACAUUCAUUAAUUGCUAAGUAACAACUGAUUGCGCUAUCAAACGAAAAAUAUUUACUUAUUAUCCACCUUUGAACAACUAGCUAUGGCCAGUUUAAAAUCAACAUUCCCUCACGCCCACGCGUGUCUCAAAGAAAUAGUAUUUUUAUACAAUCUUCAGAGUUAUUUCACUGCCUAGGACACUAGGAGGUAAUAAAUGCGAUGUUAGCAGUUAUUUGUGAGCUACAAUCGUGACGUAGUAUUUUGAUCAUCUCAUUAGUCAUUUUUCUUCCCAACAAAAAGAGGCUACCUCAAAAGUCCAAUUUUGAAUACAAAAUUUUGGUGCAACAGUGUUGAGCAUAGCGAUUUUUUAUUAGAGAAUACCGUAGAGUUCUGUCUCACAAAGGUGUGGAUUUGUACUAAUGUAUUUGAAUUUCUCUUGAUGUCCAAUCCGUAAGUUAUUUAUUCUUGUUUUAGCUGGUGGAGUUAGUGUCAGCGGCAGUGGUGGAGCAGCGGGGGCAGCAGGCGGAACAGCAGGAGGAGCAGGAGGAGGUUUGCUAAUUAUGGCGCUUCCUAUUUCUGUAUUAAGUUUAAGAUAUUGAUAUAACGUUUCAAGCAUUUUUUUUUUUGCAAAGCGUUGUGACAAUGGUCAUGUUUAAUACAUUACAUUAGAAAAGGCGGGUUUAUAACCUUUGCCUUGUAAAUUGGAAAAAUCACAGUAGAACGGGCAAUAUUUACUACCAUAAAGGUUCUAAAAUUACUUGAUACUUCUAAUAAUAGCCCACAGUUCUCCUUGUUAUAUUUUAGGUUCAUGUGAUCUGGCCUUCAUGCUUGACGCGUCAGGUAGUAUCCAAGGCGAAGCAAACUUCAAAUUGUGUAUCGAUUUUAUCAAGGUUGUAUUUCAUGCGUUUGGUAUGGGUGGUGGAAUUCGCUUUGCUCUGGUUAUAUUUGGAAGUUCAGCUCAAGUCGUUUUUGACUUUAGCAAAUAUUCCUCAAUCUCGGACGUUGAUGCUGCUUUGGGUCAGGUUAGUAAUUUUACUGCGUAUAUAUUCUUUAGCGUAAUUAAACAUUCAUUUUAUUUUUUUUUUUCUGACUGGAGGUGACGUUGGGAGGGGCAAAUCUUCCUUCGAUUAUCAAAAUCUUAAAUAAACAUAAAAAAAGUGCCUUGUCUAUUGAUUAUUCUUUUAAUCAGGUGAAACUCGUUGGUGGUUCCUGCGCGGCCGGUGCGGCUCUAUCCUCUUGUCAAUCAUCACUUUUUGCCGGCGCUGGAGGUGGUGGAGCCAGUGCCAGUUCUUCGAGUGCAGGGGCAAGUGUAAGUGCGCGCCUUCUUGUGGUAAUGAUGGCCGGGAAGUCAACGGACUCUAUUACGAGUUCCGCCUCUGCAAUCAAAGAAAGUGGUGUUAAAAUACUAUGCCUUGGGUUGGGAGGGAGCUAUGAUAAGGAGCAGAUGACCACCAUGGCUUCUUCAGCUGAAUACUUCCUUUCUGUUUCUACGUUCUCGGCGUUGUCUGGCAUUUCUCAGCAGUUUAUCGGCCUCAUAAGUCAAGGUAAACCUGUUAUGUUUUCAAUGUGGUCUUAUUAUGGGCUGUCACUUGUACGCUAUGAUAAAACCUUCUUUGAACUACACACCAUGUUAACAAAUUUAGGAAGAACACCGAAAGGGACAGUUCUUGAGGGAAGUUAAACUGGUUACAUGGAUCUAGUAACUAACUUUCUAAAAUCAUGAAAUCAUUGAAUGACACGUGAGAGAAUUAAGUUGUGUUAAUUGACCUCCGAAAACUGAACAAGACAUAAAAAUAUUCUUUUUGUUAGCUGGAGGAAUAUCAGCCACCGGAGGUAGCAGCGGAGCCGCUGGAGGAGCGGGAGCAACUGGGGCUGCUGGAGGAGCCGCAGGUACUUUAUUUUGCAUACUGUCUAAUGUUGAAAAUCACUUUUGUCUAGGGGCUGUCUCGCAAGAGUCUUGACAACUUUUAUUACCAGCCGAUUAUAUGCGAUGAGGAGUUUAUUUUAUGAAGAAAAGUAUUAUUCGUACAUCCAAAAUUUAAGAAUAUGGCGAUGAGGAUGAGGAUAGAAAGACACUUCUAGAUCCUCAGUGCCCGUAUGCUUUUAUAUCUUUGAAAUGCUUGAUGCAUCUCUAUAUUUUGUCUCUCACCAAAGGUUACAUAGAUUGCAGUGUCCAUUGCACUCCUAACUUUAACAUGCAAUAAAAUUCCCGCCCAUUUAUUUAUAAUUUCGAGAUGAACGUGAUUUUUUGUUGUUGUUGUUAAAAAACAAAGUCAUCGCAGUUUUAUAACAUAUGGAUAUACACUUUAGUUUAAAAUCGCUAUACGGUGUCGUCCACCUCAAACUGAUGAUUUUAGCAACAAGCCAGUGACGCACGAUUCACAUUUUUUUAAAAUGUUGCCGCUGUUGAGUUCCACAGCUUUCAACGUACAGUGGAAUUCCGCUGUACGGACACCCCCCUAAUUCCGACACCCCAGUAAAACGGACAGUUUUCUUUGUUCUAACGGAAUCCCACAUAUUUUCUCUAAAAUUAACUGCUCAUACAGACACCCGUAUUUAAGGACAUCACAGAAACUUUUCUGUGUCUCGAGUGAUAAUUGUAAACAUUUUCCCUGUUCACCCUUUUUACCGGUGCAGUCUUUGUUGUCCUUGGUCCUGUCCGUCUUCUCCUUUCUCUGCUUUGGUCUAUAUAUCAAUAAAACAUGUGUCUCUGACGUUGUUUCCGAGACCCCGCUUAGUACGGGCAUCAGGAUGAUACGGACAACGCGGCAUGUCUCAUUGCUGUUUGUUUCAAGCGGGUUUUGCCUUACCAUGUAAUAGAGAUUCUAAUCUCUUCCAACCCAGCCUUCAAAAUAAUUACAGAAUGUUGAGUCAGCUUAUCUCAACCUCCAACAAAGCAUGAUACUCUUGUUUUUCAAACAAGAAUUGCAGCAUCAAUUUUAUUGACAAAAAUGCGUUGAACCGUGCGUUACUGGGUUGAGGGAAUACUUCAGCUUCUAGAAACGUGGGUUGUCAGAAAUUUUCAUCGAUCCAUGUUUAACGGUAUACUUAUCCCCUUAACUAAAUGCAAUAGUUACAGCAGCUUUCAUUUCAUGGAGAAAAAACAGAUAAAUAAAUAGCUGUAUUUUUUAGUAUUCGCCACAUUAUCACGCCACAAUGACAGCAAGUUCCCGCAAAUUAGUGCUGUUUCCACAAUCGCACUCGUCAGUCAAACAUUUUGGUAAAAAUUGUUUGCCACCUUCACGCCUCAUCUCUUCCCGCUGAAUCAGUUCUUAAUUUGAAUAUUUAUCAAACAAUAGCUGUAUAACUUGCGCUCACUUUCCGAAAAAUAAGUCUCUCCAUGCGCAUCUACGUCUUUUGGCUUGAAUAGUACUAGCAAGCAUGCAUUUCUAAUCAUUUAGGUACCGUAAUCUUUUCCAAUCAUUAUUCAUAGGCCGGAGAUGACAGAGAUUAGCUAGGUCCGCCAGCGUCUAGGAGAGUCAGUAAUAAUUAGCCUGAUUCCCUGAACAAGAGAAAUAUGUAGUACAUAUUGCAGGUACAAUAUACAGGUAAAGAGGUUGAGGUGUUGCGAUAAUCCUAGGAGGUGUACGCACAGUGGCAAAACUGUACAAUUUUAACCAAUUUGGUAAAUUUAAUACGAUCUGAAUAAACUAUUGUAGACGGUAUUGUGUGGCGGGUACACAUAUUCUUUUAUUAUAAGAAUACAAUGCAUGCACGUGAUGUGGUAUACAUCCGUUAAAAAAAAAAAAAUUAAAAUUAAGUUUGAUUGUGAAUCCAUCGCUUGUGUUUGUUAAUAGAACCAAUUCAAUUUCUGUAAUUGAACAAUGUGAAAACUUGAACGACCUGUUCUUUGUUGAAAGUGAGACGAUAACAUGAAAUGAACCAGACGCUUUUACUGUCGUUAUUUUUGUUGUUGCUGUUGUUGUACUGUAAGUUCUAUGGAUCGUGCAGGAAGAAAGGAAUUGCUAUUAUAGUAUUCAACAUGCCUGCUCGUAGUGACCAACGGGUUCAUAACACAUCAUGAGGAAUUUGAUGCAUGCAGGGUAUGAGAGAUUGGAUAGAAUCACCAAAGCAUAGUAAUAAGAAUGUAAAAGAAAGUGAAACUGUUUCGCGCUUUUUCAAAGGUGCUGUUGAUCUGGCUUUCAUGCUCGAUGCUUCCAGCAGUAUAGGUGGGGAAGCCAAUUUCAAGCUAUGCCUCCAGUUUAUUAAAUCAGUUUAUUCCAGCUGCACUAUCUCACCAACGGCGUACCGAAUAGGCCUGGUACUAUUUGGUGCUUCAGCAUCCGUGUCGUUUGACUUCAGCAAGUACAGCUCAGCGAGUGAAAUUGAUUCCGCCAUUACAAGUUUGACAUUGAUGGGAGGAGCAUGCGUAGCAGGACAAGGCCUACGCACUUGCCAGUCACAGAUUUUUGCCCAAUCACGCCAAGAAGCGUCCAAAAUUCUUUUGGUGUUGAUGGCUGGGAAAUCAACAGACGACGUAUCGAACGUAGCUGGGUCAUUAAAAUCGUCUGGAGUCAAGAUAUUCUGUCUUGGAAUGGGAAGUGCCUUUGACAGGACCCAACUUUUAGCAAUGGCUUCAUCUGAAUCUUAUAUCCAGAUACAAGCUGACUAUAACCAGCUCACAUCGUUGUCGAGCGUGUUUUUAUCACUUUUUGGCCAGGUUUCUAGUGGUAAGUAAAUUAUUUAAGGGCAAUAAGCAACACUGAUUUAAGCACAAGAUAGUCAACUUCUUUCAAUCUCAGAUGAGCGGUAUAAAAGUGAUACUAAUGGAAGGGUUGAUGGUGACUAAAAUACCUCAAUGUUAGGCAUAUUAAAAAGAUGAGUUGGUAGUCCAGGGUGUGAAAGGUAAACAAGGCUGCGGAGCCAUUCAGCUGUCAUAUUGUAAACAGUAAAUUAUUUACUGCCUAGUUUAUGUAUCGUCAUGGUUUCAACCUCGCUUUACUUAACUCUUUAACCAGUGAACUUGGGUAAGGCAGGAUGUAGCACAAAGCGUGAUAUUAGCAAAUCAGAGCAUUGAAUGAAUUGAAGCAUUAAUUUUAAAGCAGAGAACAAAAGAUAUCAAAACCCUUAAGGAUUUUUAUACAUCUGUAAGAAGACAACUAACACCAAAACUUCGAGAUUAAAUCAACACCGACAUCAUUCCCAUGUACAGUAACUCACUGCCGACAAAACUGAUCCACCUUAACUUCAACAGCAUCACUUUUGGUGUGCAGUACCUGGACAUAUAUAUCCUAUAUAACGAAUUAAAAUUGCGUCUGAGACGAGAAAAAAACUACUGACUUUGUUUCGUCUUGAUAUGUCCUACGCUAAGCUUCUUCGCCCACCCUGGGUUUGCUGGUUACAAGGUAUUCUUUCCUAUUGUGUUUAGCGUUUAUCCUUGGACCCAAAGAUAGGUCAUGUGGCCGAACACUAUAGUAGAAUACGCUCUAAUCGAGCUAAACCGUAACGUCUCUAGUGAAAAAAUAUCGUUCAUUAACAAAGAAUACAACAUUGAAGAAGGGUUUAUAGCAAUGAAAAAAGAAAUGAAACUAUUGUUCUAAUUAGAAGCCUUUGUAUCUGCGUGUUUUUUUUUUCAAAUAAAAAUGGAAUUCAAACUUUUGCUUAUCAACGGCGAUGAUGCUGUCGAUCGGCGAAAGCUUGGAUUCCAUUUUUUUUUUAACAAAACAGCAGUUUAUGGCUUCAUUAAAACAACAUUUUCAUUCCAAUCAUGCUGCUGAAGGACAACAUGAACAGGUUGUUAAAGGAAAUAAGCCACACAGAUCUUAAGGAAGAAUCCUUCCUAUCUGAUCUCGAUAGCAUAUGGAAAUCACGCCUAAAAAAAUUCAAGUAUAGAACAGACUUCAAAUUAGUCCAGGAUCGGCGUAACCGUCAUUUAGUUUACCAUACUGGAGAGCUCUGUAUGUAAUAUAACGAAAUGCACUUCGAAAGAGCAGUAUUUGAAAUUAAUAAAUACCUGCUAGGAUCUUCCCGAAAAAAUAUGACGUAUUAAGCCAAUACAGAACCUUUCCCUUGGAGAGUAUAAUAUGAAUUAAUUUUAGGUGUGAGUUUACCUUCCAUCACGUCUUCAUCAUCUCACCCACGCUGCAAAAAUCAACACUUUGGCCAGACCAAGAAAAAACAGGACCACUCAGUGCUGUAGUUCACGUCACAAGCUUGAGGCAAGAGCUUCAUCAGCUGGAAUCGUUUGUCAUCUUAUUACUCUCACUUCAUUCACGAAUGGGUGCAAAUCAUUGUCACCGCCAAAAAUUGGUUGCAUCUUUACAGGCAAAAGAAAACUGUCUUCCGUUGGUAAGAAUACACCUGAACAAGUAAAAGCUACAAAUUUAAACACCAUCGGUCCAUUUACAAUUUGUCAUUGCAGUCAAGUCCAUAACUCCGAAAGAGGAGACCACAAUUUUAGAAUUCAUGGGAUUAUUUCAUUCUUCUUCGCACUGGACCUACAGUUUAUCGACCAGAAUGGCCUACAUCCGCGUGUUCGGGUGGGGCCAGUCGCCGGAAGCUCUUAGAGUAAUAGUUUCCGAUUAAAUAGUGGAAUACCUGGGUAAUCAUUUGGAACAGGGAACAAUAGGAAAUUAUAACGAGUAUCCUCAUCCGGUUAAUUAGGUGUCUAUGCCGGGGGCUAGGCAAUUUGCAGUCUGUUUGAGUCUUUAACGGCUGGAUCAGAAAGCACCGGUAGUCCACCUGCAGGAUCUGCAUCCACGUCCUCGGUUAAGUGCAGCUGGAGGCACUUUGAGUGGCCGUUUGGGUAAGUCUUCAACAGGUGGGAUUCCUGUUCCAUCAGAUUGAACAAGAAACCCUACCAAUUCAAACUUGUGAAAGAGUUGCAACUGGUAGUUUAAGUGGGGUAAGAAGCACUGGCUUUCCAUUAUGAUUAUCUCCAUCCGCUUCGUCAGGUGGUGCUGUCGGAGUUUAUUCGAGUGGAAUCAUCGACAGGUGUAAAUUGUCUACCUAAUCAGGUAGAGUAGGGAACACUGGAAAUCAAUCAGGAGGUUCCACGUCUGGUUCUUUAGAUGCUGCUUCUUAAGACCCUGCAACUGACAGUUUGGAUGAACCUUCAAAAGCAGAAGCAGGAAACACUAUCACUCCAUCUAGAGGUUCCACACCCUCUUUAUCAGUUGGUGCUUGCGGAGGCCCCGUAAAUGGCAAAUUGCGUUGGUCGUUGAGUGGCGUAUUAGGAAGCAUUGAAAUUUCAUCAGGAGAACCUCGUUUGAUCGGCUUUUGUGAUGUUGUUGCAAGAGUCUCUUCAUUAGAUGGGUCAGGAGGCAUAACGUCAACAGUUUCAGAAGAAUCAUCUUGAGGAACAACUUCCGAUGAUGUCGCUGGAUAUUUUACAGGAGGGAUUUUAGGAUAACCGAUAUGAGUAGAGAGUGUAAGUGGAUAAGGUGGGAGUGCCAGAAAAAAGGAGGAUUCAUGAGUGGUGGUUUAGGUAGAUAAAUCUUCAACAGGACGUAUUUCAAGUAAUUCAACAUGAAUCGUUCGUUCACCGGUUAGUAAAGUGCGGGUACUGAGAACGCAUUUGCCUGUUUCGUUCACCAAGGAAUGAAUUUCAUGGCAUAUCACACACUUCUUGGGAUAAGUAAACAGAGAAGCCACAGAGACUAAGUAGCAGUUUGUGUUGACCAUUUCUUGUGCUUAGAGCAAUUACGCGAGUCAGAAGAAAAUUAAGAUUAAAUUGAGUAGUCACGGAUUUUUUAAUGUGCUCCCCAAAACUGUAUCUGCUUUAAGUGGGAUGAACGAUAUGUAUAUUGUUGAAAGUAUUUACUUCAUCACACGCUCAUGCCCAUGCUUGCAGCACAAGACCUUUUAUGCAAGAGGUGAAAUUAACCUAAAGGAAAGAUGCUCUGAUUACCACCAACUCAUUUACAAUUUUAUCACCAACUCCAUCCAAUCCAUAUCCCUUCGUUCAAAGAACAUUUAGGAAUGAAAUUAAUCGAACACGAUAAAAGGAACUGUGCCUCUUUUAACAUUUUAAGGAGUGUGACAUAUUUUCGUGCAUUCGUACAGGAUCAGUGAACGGAUCUGCAGGUGGAGCUGCUGGAGCCUCCACUAGUGGUGUUGCAGGAGGAUCUUCGACAGGACAAAUAUCUGGAUCAUCGGGUUCUGCAGGAAGCACAGCAGGGGGUGGUGCGUCUGCUGGUACAGGUGGGGCGGUUGGAGGGUCUACAGGUGGUGGUGGCGCGUCAGGUGAAACAGGAGGAGUAAGUGGCUCAACAGGUGGCGUUACUGGGUCAUCAGGAGGAACAGGUAGUACAGCAGGCUCUAUGGGUAGCUCUACUAGUGGGGGCACUGGAGGCUCAUCAGGAUCUACUGCUGGCGGAGGGAAUUCGGGAGGUAGUGGUGUGUCUGGGGGUACAGGUGGGACGGUUGGUGGGUCAACGGGGGCUGGUGGAUCGUCAGUUGAAACAGGAGGUAUAAGUGGCUCAACAGGUGGUGUAAGUGAGUCAUCGGAGGGGAGUAGUGGUAUUUCAGGUGGCACAGGUAGUACAACAGGCUCUGUGGGUGGCCCUGGUGGGGCUAUUGGGGGUUCUUCAGGAUCUACUACUGGCGGAGGGAAUUUGGGAGGCGGAGCGGGGGCUACGGGCAUAAGCGGUAUUGGAGGAUCAAAUCAAGGAGGAGCGGCUAGUGGGGGCACUGUAGGUUCAUCAGGAUCUACUACUGGCGGAGGGAAUUUGGGAGGCGGAGGGGGAGCUACGGGAAUAGGCGGUAUUGAAGGAACAAAUCAAGGGGGAGCAUCGAUUGGGGGCACUGUAGGUGAGUUUACCUUGAGUGGAAACAGAGAAAAAGAGAUGAUUAUCUUCACUUGAAUGGUAGUAGAUAUACAAUGGAUACAUAAUGAAAUUCCUCUGUGUGUCUUGAUGAUGUAUUGGGUCGUGCGUGUUUUAAUGAUGUAUGGAUACUAGAAAGAAAAUAGCAUAUCAGUAAAGUCAAAUAAAAUGCUCACAGAAAGAGCAGAUGUGGUCUACAAUGCCUUCCUAUAAAUGUGAAUGAACUUUUUCGUCUGCGUCGGGAAAGCUUAGAAAUGAAAGGAAAUUUUUAGAGGCCGUGCGUAGACCAUUGCUCUGUCACUUAACUCUUGAUUGAAUUUGCAGAUAAAAAUCCAAAUUUGCAAAUUCUAAAAUAAAUGAAGAGUUUUCUUCUUGAUCCAUGGAAUUCCCUGUUAUCCUAAGGAUUCAUUAUGUUGCCCAGGAUUUCUGAGAUUCAUUUCGCUUUGAAUAUUUUAAUAGAUUCUGGUUCAACACAAAAGCUGUUUCAUAGUAUAGAUCAAUGUUCGAUUAAUAUGAGUAAAGGAAGGCAGUGGUGUUUACACUCUUACCUCAGUUUUAAAAUCCCUGAGUAUUAAUAACUAAGGGCCGAGCAGACACACGCUCAAAUGUGUUCAAGUUGAGUGAAAAAAAACGUAAUUUUCUUUUGAAAGAUAAAACAUAAAUAGUCAACGAGUCUAGAGGAUAACCAGGGCGUUAGAAAAGUAAGAGAGAUAAAAACUAUGGAGUCAGGUAGGUGUGUACUACGGAUUAUUUCUUUAUUGGCCGCAGCAAUUGCAAUUAUUUCAUUGAUAAAAAUAAUACCCUUCCAAACUCUUGUCAUUGCCGGGUUUUAUGUGAUGUAUUCCAUCAAGUACAGGACGUUUCCUACCCGCAUUGUUAACGGGUGGAUUCAGGGUCCCUGAACGAUUCCCACUUCCGCUGAUUGCGUGACCUUUUCCCCUACAUGUUUGAGAUAGCCAGCCGGUUAACCUCCCGCUUGUUGUCGUUUUGGCCUAGUCUAUAUUUUAGCAAAGAUGCAUGAGCUCCAUGUUAUUUCUGAUUAAUUCCAAUAUUUUGCAGGAGGAACCGGAGGCAUCGGAGGAGGCGGCAGCUCUGGGGGAGCAGGAGGCAUUGGAGGAGCUACUGGCGUCGGUGGAAUUGGUGGCACUGGGGGAGCUGGUGGUAUCGCGGGAACUGGGGCCAUCGGAGGAGCGGGCGGAAUUGGAGGAUCCGGGAGCAUCGGAGGAACUGGGGGAACUGGAGGAACUGGCAGCAUCGGAGGAGCUACUGGCAUCGGAGGAACAGGUGGCAUUGGAGGAGCCGGCGGCAUCGGAGGCGUUGGCAGCAUCGGAGGUGCCAGUGGAAGUGGUGGAAUAGGAGGAGGCCUGGCAGGUGGAAAUGGUGCCAAUGGUGCAGUUGGGGUUGGUGGGUCCACUGGAGGAACAGGAGGUCAGCUGCUUUAUUCCAAAAUUUUAGCAAUUACGACAUUUUGUAACGUAAUAUUCAAACAGGAAAAAAGAAAACCAAAACUUGCUUUUAAUCCAGCGGGGGGAAUAGGCGAACGAAUAUUUAUUUGUUGGUUAUCUCUAACCGUAUUGCUAAAAUGGCAUAAAUACAGUCUUCAAGACCGGGCCGGUCUAAAAGAUGGUAAGAUCAUGUGGGCUUUGAUUAAGACAUUGUCUCAGUUCCGUGAUUACGUCAUGUUACAGUGAAGUUGUCCUUUUGGUGUUACAUUCGAGACCCUUUCUUGCUUUUUUUUAGGAGAUUUGAAAUAACCCCAGCUGCUUAGUUCUGAAGAAGCAGCAUUUGCUAGUGCAAAGGCCGGGGAAAUUAUAUAAUCCUAUAGACAUUUUUCUAAAAAGAAAAUAAAUAUAAUGAAAUAAAAGCACAGACGAUAAAAGUAAAUGAUUAAUUCUUUAACUUGCUGUUGCAAUGUUCUUUCCAACUGGUUGAGGCUUAUAAAGCUAACAAACACGAACAAAGUGGAAGACGAGUUAGUUCCCAUCGUGACACUCGUUCUCCUUUAUAAAAUGUGUUUCAAUUUUUGUUAUCAUCGCAUUUUCCAUGUAUUAUACUUUUGAGAGAUUUCUGUAAACCACUUUUGCAUAAGGCUAAGAGGCAAAAUCUAACAAAAGUCAGUUUUUUUAGAUAUGUAAGACAUGAAAUAUGUUAUAUAACAUCUAUUCACAAAUAAAGUAGGGUAUCAUUUUUUCAAUGCGAAUGUUACAAUUCAAUUUUAACUCGCAGGAGUAACUGGACUGGGUCUGGAAUGCACGAUAAGGCCUCUGCACUUACCACAUUUAUGUUUAUGCCAGCCGUCAGCUUCUAGUUGCAGAGUACAAAACGUUGGUCAAGGUAACUGCCGCAUCCUUCAUAAACAAUUAUUACUGACCCUGAAACAAUAGACCAACAUAUACAUACUCGUACUAGGACAAGCGACGGCUGACAUUUGCAAUUAUCGAUAUUAUCCACAUGGGAUCCGCUUUUUUUUUUAAAUGUCGACGUAGUCACUGAGUGUUUAAAUUCAGAUUUUUUUUUUCUGGUGCAUAAAACUAAACGACGAAGAACAAUUGAAUUUAGGGCCCAAAUCAGCUACGUGGAAACUUUGUUUUUAGUAAAUAUAUUGUUUCCGGACUCGAAGGCCUGGAAAACAAUGAUGAAAGGCAAAUGAGUCAAGGAUUAUAUUGUCAAAUCAUGUACAAAAUAUGACUUAUACUCUACGCAUAUGCAUUCCUUAAUGAUACGCGAACUGGGAAUACGCAGAUGUUGAGAAAAUGCACGCCAGUAAAAAUAUAAUAGGGUAUGUAGUAUGGUUAUAAAACAUUUCAUGUAAACUAUAUAAUAUAAACCGAAAUUUUUCUAAUACACAGAGAUUUUAGUGAUUAAAGUAGUUAGCAUGAAGGUCCCUACGAUGACGGGAAAUGCAUGGAAGUGACAUUUAUGAGGACCCAUUCAUGGGGCCUAAAAGCAAAAACUCUCUCUAGAUGAGGCGCCUACCACAGGAAAGGGAGUUUUUCUGAGAUCUCCACCUGACAGAAGGCAGAUGAAGGACAUCGCAGAGUUGAACACGCAUGUGGGUGUACAUUCUCCUGAUCCUCCACCAAUUCACACAUCAGUGACAAUCCCUGUCCUAGUCCUGUCACCUGGACUGCCAACUUCUUCUCCAUCUACUUAAGCUGUUGUAGUUCCAAGCCACCCCUUUUGAAGACGCCAGGGAAUGUUAUUUUCAAUCCCUGCUUAGGAUAGGGUUGUAGAUGAAGUUCACCAUACAAAUGGCAAUGAUGGUCCCUUUUGGUUGCCGUCCAGAAAAUAUCAUCCAAUUCAGUAUGCUUCCAGGCCAACACACAAAGAAGGCACAUAUGCAUCAAGAAAUGCCAUUUGGGAAUAUGAUUGGGAUCAUCUGAAACUUCUAUGGCUUGUAAUAAUAAAUUGCUAAGGUAUAAUUCAAAUAAGAGCGGAAUUCGGUACAAACUCUUGGUGAGUUGCAUGCGCGUGAGCAUGGAACUAAUCGGAAGGAUCCAAAAAAACGGUUGCAAAAUACCCAAAGUAACGCUCACAUGAAGUAUGACAGCAUUAUGGCCAGACGCCACUUAACAAAAUGACGAUUUAAUGAUUAACUUCACCUAACGGUGACGGCCGUUGACAAGAAAACAAUUAAAACUCCUCUACAUGUCAUUGUCUGUUCUACGUGAGAUAGUAAAACGCUUUGGAAUAAUAUAUUAAACUGUAUCUAAUUUACACGACGACGUUUCGAUUGAAACGCUUCAAUUUUCAAGCUUCAGUCUCCAUUUUCACUUGCUCGUGAAAGUAAUUUCAGCGUGAGAUGAAAGCUAUCGUAAACACUUAUUGUGGCCAGGCAUAAUCUGUUUUAUUAAUUCUUAAACGCUUCAUAGAAAAAAAUCUAAAUCUAAUUUUUCUUUGUGUGAUGAUUAAAGGAUUCAGAUCCUUUUAAACAAUAACAAAAACGUUUUGUUUGUAAAGAUUGUUCGUUGACAUAAUUUAGUAUGCUGAAUCGCCAUAACACCGCAUGCAGUAGAGAGCCUAGUAAUCUUGUCUAAUAUAAAACGGCACAUUUAAAGGGCCAUUAUUUAAAGCAAGAACACUCUCCUUAAGAUAUUGAUGAUGAAAUAAAUGUAGUAGCUUAUUCAUACCAGCGUUCCUUCGUUACUAUGAUUUUGGAGCAUCCCGGGUUUAAGAAAUCUGCCUUUUGACGCCUUUUCACUGAAAUGACUGCAAAUUUAGGCUGGUUUUCAAAAAAUCGGCUACAUAUAAAUUCGAAAUAUUGUAUCAGCAUCCCAGGAAACGUCUCGAACAUAAACAACACGUUCUAAAUCAGUCCCAAAAUCAAAAUCCUGUUAGAAAACCAGAAUUGUGUGGAUAUUUAUGACGAGUAUACCCUUCUUUGUUCUAAGGUUAUUUUCCUUUCUUUUUUUCUUAUCAGGAACUGCCGGAGGCAGUAUGGUCGGAGUUGGAGGAAUUGUCGGAGGAGGUGGAACUUCCGGAAUAGGGGGUAGCAUGGGAGGAGCGGGUGGUGGCAUGGUAGGAGGAGGGAGCAUAGGCGGUGGUGGAGGCAUGACUGGGGGAGGUGGAAGUAUGAUAGGGGGUGGAGGAAAUGUAGGAGGUGUUGGGGGCAUGACAGGAGGCGGCGGUAAUGUAGGAGGGGGUGGAGGUAUGAUAGGGGUUGGAGGAAAUGCAGGGGGUGGCGGAGGUAUGAUAGGAGGUGGAGGAAAUGUAGGUGGUGGCGGAGGUAUGGUAGGAAAAGGUGGUAAUGUAGGAGGUGGUGGAGGUAUGAUUGGGGUCGGAGGAAAUGUUGGUGGGGGUGGGGGUAUGAUAGGGGUUGGGGGAAAUGCAGGGGGAGGUGGGGGUAUGAUAGGAGUUGGCGGAAAUGCGGGAGGAGGCGGGGGUAUGAUAGGAGUUGGCGGAAAUGCAGAAGGUGGUGGGGGUAUGAUAGGAGGCGGCGGUAAUACAGGUGGUGGCGGAAGUAUGGCGGGCGGUGGUGGAAAUGUAGUGGGUGGAGGUGGUGCAGGCAUGAUAGGUGGUGGUGGUGGUGGUGGAAUGGUUGGGGGUGGCGGAAGCAUGGGUGGAGGUAUAGGGAUUGGCAUGGGUGGCGUUGGAGUAGGCGGGGGAUUUGGUGGUGCAGGAAUGUUGGGAGGAGCUAGAGGAAUGGAAGGUAAUUUUACCAAUAUGAAUUAACUACGUUUGCUUAUGAGCUUAUUACUUACUUAUUAUUCUCCUUUUUUUUUCUAGUAAUUUUGGACUUGGGAUUUAUGAUCGAUGGAUCCUCCGCCGUUCUCAAUGAACAGAACUUUCGGCAAAUUCUCAAUUUUGUUAGCGCCGUGUCUCAUUCUUUCUCCAUCGGUCAUCAUAUGACACGAGUGGGAGUUGUUGUGUUUUCUCUAGAAGCUUUUGUGAUUUUCAACUUCCACACUUACUUCGAUAUACAAAACAUAGAUCAAGCGUUGAACUCUGUGCAGUACCCAGGAACAGACGGCCCAGGCACGUACAUCGGACGGGGUUUACACGUGGCACAUCAUUAUCUUUUCAGUAGCUCAGGGAGGGCUCAUGUUCCGAGAGCGUUAGUGGUGGUUGCAGCGGGAAGGUCUAUCGAUGACGUCAUCACGCCCUCAAUGGACAUUAGGUCGCAUAGUGUAGAAAUGUUCUGUGUUGGUGUUGGGAACCUUUACAGUAAGCUGCAGCUCCAUGCUAUGGCAAGUUUUCCACACAGUGAACAUAUUUUUAGAGGAGACUACGCGCUGAUAGGCAAUACCGCUCAACAAGUUGUGACCAAGAUUUUAAAAGGUAAGCCCGUAAAUCUACUAUGGUAAUCUCGAAGAUGGUAGACAUACUGAUAUUCCUAAUCAGCCAAUUAAGAUAUUAAUUAAGAAAUAAAAAUUAAAAUGCUGCGAUUUGAAGAGGGAUAAUGAUGAACGAAUGGGAACCACAUUACUUGAAGGGAACCUCUUGGAGCAAUAGCGAACAAACAACAAGCGUAACCGACAUAUGGCGUCGUCCUUGGGAAAACUCUUGGUUUGAGUUGCGUAGCACUACCAAUUCAUCUCCCUUAAACACCUCCCUACCCCUCUUCAUUGGAUUGUUUGCUUUUGUGGAAGACCGUUAAAAAAUCAUACACAUAUAGUAUUAUAAAGAUCUAGCUUUUUGUUCUUGAUUUGAUCGCAGGUAUAUCCGUUCAUUUUUGUCGUCCUUGCUAUGACAGUAAGUUAAGCUUUGUGUUUUAAAUAUUUUAGACAUAUAUCAGUUCAUUAUUGGCCAUUGAAGUGAAACAGUAGGUUAUCAUUCGCAAUAAUGACCUACUUCUCUGUUGAUUGAAAAUAAUAACCUGUUCAAAACAAUGCAAUGGUGCGUUAAAUUCAAAUAAAACACAAAAUGAUCCUCACUUACUUGAUUCAUUGAGUAUUCAAUAUAGAACUCUUGUGGAAAGUGAGCGCGUACGGUAUUUACGCACGUUGUUGACGUAUCAGAAAUCGAACAAGUGAGCGCAGGGAACGAGUAAAAUUUCUGAUUCAAGAACAACGAAGGCACACCUGUUACGAGGGAUGAGCUCAUGAGCUCAGCCGUAACAGGUGGUAAGGGUUAUGGCCUCUAAUGGCAGUCCGGAAAAGUGCGUAAAUACCGUACAAGACACUUUUGUGACUCCAAUCAAUGAACGCAGGCUCCGAUCAACGAAUGUUCUCGCUUAAUGACUUCGAACAACUAGCGAGACAACUCGCUCCAGGCAACCAGAAAAAAACGGCAAAUUGGGCGCGAAACUCGCGCAGCCACUGUGGCUUUUGACUGGACUUAUCAUUUUUCUCACAUAUGAAAAAAAAAAGAAAAACGUUCUGAUUGGACCAUCUUUUUACACGUGUGAAGAAAACCGUUCACUCCUAACUGGUAGAGCUCAUUUGCAUAAGGAAAUGUUUAGUUAAGGCAAAGCUUUUCAGCUUUGCCUGAUUUAUUAGCCGAAAAAAGUAAAUUUCUAUGCUUAUAUCCAAAAUAACGAUAAUUGAUUAAACAAGCCUUGUUUGUCAUUUUUCAAAGGUCAUCAUGAAUUAUGCGAUUACUGCCCCAGUGAAUUUCGAAAUGAGGAGGAGGGAGACGCUGAUGACGUCGAUGACGGUUUUAAACGCCAUCACCGCCAUCAUCAAGAUCACCAGCUUUCCCAUAUAAAACAGUCCACCGGUGAUAGUCCACCCGACUCGAAAAAAAUAACAAAAACCAGUGGGGAAUACGACUUCGAACAAUCAAAAUCUCUUAAGAUGGCAAACAGCCACCAUUCUCAUCAUACACAUAAUAAUAAAUACAAGGAGACAGAAGACGCUUAUGAACCCAUCCAAUCUACGUCAAACCUUUUAACUGGGGAUUUGGACAUAGACAGUGACCCAGCAAAUUAUGGAGAAUAUAAAUAUGACAAGAUGACUGUCGAAGAAAAUGGUUAGUGCAGUACUAAGCUCUUAAUCCUUCACCUGUGCUGGGUGACCAGUGUCUAAUGUCUCCAAAUCCUGUAACUUCUCUUUAACGCUUUUUCGUUCCCCUGAAUGAAGAUUAAAGCCUGGUCCGGUUGCUGAGGCCGAUCAGCGCUAAUCCAGGUUUAAAAUUUUGUUCCACGUUUUGUAUUUACCUUCCUAUGCAUUGCUUAGAGUAACAUUUUGUGUUAUCAUUUCUUUUCUCUUUUUUUUUUCAAAGUAUCAAAACAAGAAAACCUUGUUUAAAAUUUGGCUUAAUUGUGGAUAAAACUAAUAACCAUCUUCUGAGGAACCAGACCCAGAGUUUUUUGGACCACGAAAACAUGUCCCUUACUAGAGGUUUCCUUUCAAAAGAGGGAAAAGAUACAAAAAUUGUAUAAUUUUUUUCUUCGGGACCAAAUUUUGCGAAGACUUGCUCUUGGCCUUAUGGUGCGUGGGAGAAUUUAACUGUUUGGAGACUGCCGAGUCAGCAGCGAAAAAAACCUAUGCCCCCUUUAGACCGGUGAUCUGUUAAGUAGCAUGAUUAAUUACUAGAGAGGGGAUUUGAAACACUUAAGGGAAUUAUGACUUGACAUUUUGGAUUUUUCGUUUUCUUUUCUUGUAUUUUUUUUCAAUCAUUUCGAUCUUUCUUUCCCAUUAGCUUAUGAAAAUAACUUAUUGAUAAUAUCUGCAUUAUUACUAAUGUAUAAAUUGUUCUUCCUUUGUAGACUGCAAGGAUUAUUCAGAUGACUGCAGUGAAUACGCUUCCCGUGGUUUCUGCAGUGACUAUGCUCCAACGGCAAGCAUAGGAACCAUAAGUAUGAUGUGCAAGCGAGCCUGUGGAAUGUGCACUGAAGUAACGUGA